AUGUUGGAGCGGCACGCGGGGCACGGCGGGCAGCAGAACAAGUUGCAGGUGCCGCGGGGAGGGCAGCUCCCGGGGGGAAGGGCGGCCGUCCCCGCAGCCGCGGGGGGCGGGGGAUGCUCAGGCUCCCGGAGCGAUGCCCGAGCGCCCCUGGUCCGCGGUGGCCCCGGAGUCCCCCGGAAAAGCGCCGCGUCUCCCGGGAUGCGCGCAGCCCCCGCGCCUCCCUCCCGCUGGAGAGCGAGCCUGGCGGGGGCCGGGCGCCAGGAAGCCUGCGCGCGGGGAGGCGGGGAGGGGAGGGGAGGGGGGCCCAGCCCGGCGCGCCUCCCUCCGCGCCGAGAAACUGCUCCGAAGUGCGCGGCUGCUGCGCGGGGCCGGGCCGAGCCGAGCGGGGACCGCCGGGGAGGGCGCGCGGGGGGCGGGCUGCGCGCGCCGGGAAAGGGGCCGCCCGCCUCCGGGGCCGAGCGCGGCGCAGGUCGGCCCCCGAGCCCCGCGUCCGAGUCGGGGCGCCGCCGGCCCCGUGCUGGGGGCGCGCUCAGCGAACAGGACGCGGCCGCGCUGCGUGGACCGGGGGACCGGGCGCCCCGACCUCGCUCUUCAGCGCAGCCUCGCUGCCGCCCCGCCGGCCUCGGAGGCCUCAUUCCCCGUCAUUCUGCAAAGUUAGUUGGGAUCCACGGGGCGCGGGGAGGGCGGGGGGAGGACACUCUCCCGUCUGGAACCCCCAAUCCGGAUCGUGCCAAACCCUCCCCUGGCCCGACCCGAGGCCUCCCACUCGGAGCGCGGGGAGAUGAAGCCCCGGGAAGCGUCCCCAGGGUGCUGGCGGCCAGUCUCAGACGCUGCUCACGCUCACCCCCCCCCCCCCGGGAGCCCCCGGGCCUUUGCACGAGCAGCCUCUCCCAGGGCCCCGCGUUAGCACAAGCGGCGUGCAGCAGGGUUUGCCUUCCUCCCAGGCCGGUGGCGAGGAAUUCGUUCAGACUCGCAGAGGAGGGCAGAGGGAGUUUGUGCUGGCUCCUGGGUGAAGACGCGCGGGUCCCUGCCCCGCGGGCGCUCCCACGGGCGCCGCGGCACUCAGACGUCGGCGGCGUGUUUGCAAGUAAGGAGGAAGAUGCAGCGGAGGUGGAGACAGGAUUCCGAAAACGGGGGGCUGGGUGGCCUUUCCGCGGCCCCUUCUGCACGCUCCUUCCGGACCAGGACACGCAAAGGGAGCACUUCGGGGCGGUCCCGGCCCUGCGCGGGGCACCCGGACACCUGCAGGUGCAGCGCAGUGAGGAACGGGGAGCAGCACGGGGGCCCCCCGGGAAAGGGGAGCCCGCGGCUGUGCCGGGCCAGGACCCCCGCGCCCCCAGCCGGGUGCGGCCCCGGCCUUCCCAGGGCCCCCUCCGCGGGAGCACGGAGGCGGAAAACGCAAACUCGGCGGGAGAGCGGCAGCUCGCGGUCCGCUCCGGCUCCGCGUGCACAUUCCCAGGCAGUCCGUGUUGCGUCGACCCCUACGCCGUGCGCUCCCGCCGGGGGCUCGGUCUUCCCAACGUCGCCCUCCCUCCGGCUGCUUCUGGGGUGCGGGAGGGGCUGGUCACGGAGCCGGGAAGUGGCCGCAGCCCGGCUGUCCCCAGGGUCCUCUCCACGGUCUGCGGGCCGGCUGCGCGUCCGGUGACCUCAGGCGUCACCGCGGUGCCGGGACGGGCGAGCAUCGUCAGGCUCCAGGCUCAUUCUCGACGCAGAGUCAGGGUGCGGGCAGGAGAGGACAGGGGCACCCCCGGGUGGGGACGCCGCCGGCGCAGCCUGAGCAACGGGGAAGGCACCCCGACUCCGGGGGGACCCGCGCCCUCCGCAAGGUGGACGGAGAAGGCGCCCCAGGCCGAGCGGACCCCGCGCGCGCCCGCUGAGCCGCCCCGCCCCGCCCCGCCCGCAGCGUCUGCGCGCCCAGUGCCCGCGGCGGCCUCCGCGCACCGCCUCCCGGGGACCCAGACCAGCGCGGCCUGCGCGGGAGGACGGGGCUCGGGGCCGUGGGCAGGCGCACCGAGCUCCUCCCGCGGGCCGAGAGAGGGCGCCAGGCGAGCGGGGCUCCGGGGAGGGCGCGCCCGAGGGCACCGGGGAGGGCACACGGUCAGCGGGGACCCGGGGAGGGCGCACCCCGGGAGGGCACCCCCACUGUCGGGGAUAAGCCAGGGAACUGUGGCCGGGGCGCCCCCCACCCCGCAGGCCCCAGCGGCUGGCGCAGAGGAGGAGCGCCUGGUGAACCCCGAGCUGGCACACCGUGGUGUGUGGUGUGUCCUCCUGAAUUCCCCUCCAGGGGGGGCCCUGGGGGUCCCUGUGAGCUUCUGUGCUCCUGCUACUUCCUUUGAAUGGGACUCGGCUUCACCUGCACCCCAGCCCUGGUAG